AUGGGAUUGGAGAAUGAGAAGAGGGCCGAGUUAGUGAGCUUUUUAAAAGCUGUUCCCUCUGUAGAAUUCUGUUGUGUUUAUGGCUCCACUUUGCAUCCAAACAAUAAAGACAAGUCAGCCAUGGUUGACUAUAUUCUUGGCGUAUCCGAUCCUCUGCAAUGGCAUUCUCAGAUUACACAAGUUGCAGAUGAUAUAGGUGUAGGAGUACACUUUAACCCGUUUGUUACCUGGAAUGACAGGAUGUUGAAGUACGGGGUUGUUCGAAUGCAUGACUUGGUACAAGACAUACUGAACUGGGAGACAUUUUAUUUAAGUGGUCGACCCUACCUGUAUCCAACCCCGCCCAUACCUGACCUGGCCUGCCCGUUUGCUAGGUCUAAGGGUGGGGGAUAA